GUCCCAGGCAGGAUGGCCUGUCAAGGCCCCCGGAAGCUGGAGGAGAAGCUAGUCUGCUCCAUCUGCCUGGAGAUGUUUGGGACAGCGGUGACCAUGUCCUGUGGACACAACUUCUGCAUGAAGUGUAUCAACAACCACUGGGACAAGGAAGAGAAGGAGGCUCCUCCAGGCGAGAAGGACUAUACCUGCCCCGACUGCAGGAAACGCUUCGAGAAGCGGCUGGAACUCAGGAAGAACGUCGCCCUUUGCAGCGUGGUGGAGCUGGUCAGGUCUGGGGAAGUGCAGGCCUCCAGUGCCGAGAGGAAAACCCCUGCCAACGGAAGGAGGUGCUCCAGGCAUGGGCGGCUCCUGGAGCUAUACUGCCAAGAGGACAAGAUGUGCAUCUGCUGCGUGUGCACGGUGCAGGAGUGCCGGGACCACCACAGGGUCCUGUUCGAGGAGGAGCGCAAGAGAAAGGAGGUCCUUUUAGAAGAGUCUCUGGCGAAAACCCAGGAGGAGACAGUAAAGACCGAGGAGGAGAUCCACAAACUGGAGGAACAAACUGGCACCAUAAAGGAUUCUUCAGAGAGGCUGAAAUUGGGGAUUUUGCAGAAGUUUGCCCACCUGAUGAAAGAGCUGGAGGAGUGCCAGAGGGGGGCCGUGGACAAGAUAGAGCAAGAGCAGGCCACUGCCCUAGGGCAAGUGGAGGAGAACUGGAGCCAGCUGCAGGAUCAUCUGACAAUGCUCACCCAGCACCGGCAAAAGGCCCAGGAGCUGCUGAUCUGUGUGGAUGACAUGAAAUUCCUAGAGGAAUUCCUGCUGCUCCCUUCUCCGGCCAGCCUGGGAGUUUUGCCAGUUGUUGAAUUCGAUGUGGCCAGCACGGUGGGUUCCACUGCUAAGAUCCUCACCGAGGUCUCUAGACUUUUGCUGGAGGAUUUGCCCAAUUCCCUGAACCCAAAGGCGGCUGAUGCUGAAACCAAAGAGUCAACCAAGCCAAAGGCGCUUACUGUGAUGAAGGCAGGACCAGCCCUUCCCGAGUGUGAAUUAAGAGUGGAGCUUCUGAAGGAUCAUCGAAAUUUGACCUUCGACCCAGACACAGCCAAUAAGUACCUGCAGCUGUCCAAUCAGAACCAAAAGGCCAAGCACACCCAUUCUCCUGAUGGCCUUUGUCAGGAUCAUGCUGACAGGUUUGAGCUGUGGCAGGUUCUGUGCAGCCAAAGCUAUAGCCAAGGCCGCCACUACUGGGAAGUCAGGAUCUCCAGCCACUCCGUCAUCCUAGGAGUAACAUACAAGAAAAUCCAGAGGAAGAAGCGAGCAGGUCGCUCCUUCAGCAUCGGACUGGAUGGAUUGUCCUGGGGGCUGCAGAUCCGGGAGGACUGCUACUUGGCCUGGCACGAGGGCCAGUCGCAUAAGAUCAGGGCGCCCUUGUACAAAUGCCUCGGAGUCAGCCUGGACUAUGGCACAGGCGUCCUGUCGUUCUAUGGCAUCGGGGACGAGAUGAAGCUCCUCCACUCUUUCCACUGUGUCUUCACCGAGCCCCUCUACCCAGUCUUCUGGCUCUGCGAAGGCAGAGCCGUCACCCUUUGCCAACAGAACUGA